GGGCGGAAAGAGACGCCGGGUCGCUCUAGUUUGUGAGGCUGGCGGCUCCGCACGCCGGUGGCUUCAGGGUUCAGGGAGCCGCGGUCGGGUUGUCAAUGCGAACCCUGGGGCUCUGCUGAGUCGGGUUUCCAGGGGCCCGGCCAGAACUGGCGGACGGGGGCGGGACCGGGGGCGGGGCGGCGGCCUAGCCCGGUGGCUCCUGUCCCCGGUGCCCGGUGUCGGGGGGCGCUGCCAGGCCGGGGCGGGCUCACCUGGCGCCGUACGGAAGCUCGGCCGCGCCCAGGAUGGACGAGGAGAGCCUGCAGGCCGCCCUCCUCACCUAUGGCGCGCAGCUGCGGCAGGUGGAGCUGGCCCUGGGCACCGGCCUGGACCCCGCCGAGCUGGCCGACCUGCGCCAGCUGCAGGGGGACCUGAAGGAGUUGAUCGAGCUCACGGAGGCCAGCCUGGUGUCAGUCCAGAAGAGCAAGCUGCUGGCCGCGCUCGACGGGGCCAGAGACCUGGAGUCCCCGAAGGCCCCUGCGGAUGCCGCCCCCGGGGACGGCGCAGAGCCGGCUCCUGAGCCAGAGGCCGGACCGCAGCCCCGUGACCCCGCGCCGGCAGAGGAAGAGGGGGAGGACGAGGAGGACGCGGACGAGCUGAGCGGGCAGAAAGUGAACGCGCCCUACUACAGCUCCUGGGGCACCCUGGAGUACCACAACGCCAUGAUCGUGGGCACCGAGGAGGCGGAGGAUGGCUCGGCGGGAGUCCGGGUGCUCUACCUGUACCCCACCCACAAGUCCCUGAAGCCCUGCCCGUUCUUCCUGGAGGGCAAGUGUCGCUUCAAGGAGAACUGCAGGUUCUCCCAUGGCCAGGUGGUCUCUGUGGACGAGCUGCGCCCCUUCCAGGACCCAGACCUGAGCUCCCUGGAGGCUGGCUCUGCGUGCCUGGCCAAGCACCAGGAUGGCCUCUGGUACCCAGCUCGGAUCACUGACGUGGACAACGGCUACUACACGGUCAAGUUUGACUCACUACUGCUGAAAGAGGCUGUAGUGGAAGGGGACAGCAUCCUGCCCCCACUACGCACAGAGCCCACAGUGUCCUCUGACUCCGACAGUGACACCAGUGACUCAAGCUAUGCUAGAGUGGUGGAACCUGGCACCGACCCCAGUGGGCCCUGCAGCUCUGCCUUUGCCGGAUGGGAGGUUCACACCCGGGGCAUUGGCUCCAGACUCCUGGCCAAGAUGGGCUACGAGCUCGGCAAGGGUCUGGGCCGACACCUCGAAGGCCGAGUAGAACCCAUCCACACGGUGGUGCUGCCUCGGGGGAAGUCUCUGGACCAGUGUGCAGAGAUUCUGCAGAAGAGGACCAAGCGCUGCAAGGUGGGCAACACCAGGCCUCCAAAGUGCAGGCAGCGCGUGGGCCGGCCUGGGGCCCGCCCGCCCCCUCGAGACGUGUUCGACUUCCUGAACGAGAAGCUGCAAGGCCAGGCUUCGGGGACCCUGGAGACAAGGGUAGCUCCAGUAAAAAGGAGCAACAAGGAAAUGUACCACGCUGGCAAGAGCACCAAACGGGACCUGAGCCUCCGGCUCUUCCACACGCAGGAAAAAAUUGAUCAGACCCAGCGGGACAUUCGGGGCAUCCAGGAGGCUCUCGCCCGCAACGCUGGCCGGCACAGCGUGACAGCUGCCCAGCUGAAGGAGAAGCUGGCAGGGGCCCAGCAGCAGCUGGGGCAACUCCAGGCCCAGGAGGCAGGGCUGCAGCAGGAGCAGAGGAAGGCGGACACUCACAAGAAGAUGACUGAGUUCUAGAGCCCCUGCAUGCACCAGGGAAGUAGCCUGGGGGCCUUGCUCCACUCAGGAGGACAAGCCUUCACGGACACUAUCACUGGGAUGUGCAGGAAGUGGAGCCACCUUCUCCCACUUAGACCUCCAGGGGGCCUUCCUGCCAGGCUGGGGCAUGUGGACACUGCUGGGUGGAUAUGAGGCUUCAGGGCUGCUUCUUGGGGGCAAGUGAGCCACCAAACCCUCCUGCCAGUGUUUCAGAGUCUUUCUUGAGGACAUUAAAGUGAUUUUGCUGCAAC